CAUUGUCAUUAACUAUUAUUGCGAGACAUAAGAAUAGACAGGCGUCGUGUGACGGUGGUCCUGGCGGACACAUGGCGGAGAUUAGGAGUGUGGGUGUGGUGGGUGGCGGUCAAAUGGGCUCCGGCAUAGCACAGCUCGUCGCCGUCAACGGCCUUGAAGUCUGGCUCCAUGACUCGGACUCCACUGCUCUCUCUAAAGCCCAUCAAUCAAUCUCUUCCACAAUCCAAAGCCUCGUCUCCAAAGGCCGUCUCACCAAGGAAAAAGGUGCUGAAGCUGUAAGGAACUUAAAGUAUACUUCAAGUUUAGAAGAUUUUGGUUCCGUGGAUAUAGUAAUUGAGGCUAUUGUGGAGUCUGAGGAGGUGAAAAAGAAGUUGUUUACUCGAUUGGAUAGCAUCGUAAAAGAGUCUGCGAUCUUGGCUUCUAAUACCAGUUCAAUUUCAAUAACUCGUUUAGCUUCUGCAACCAGCCGGCCUAGCCAGGUGAUUGGAAUGCAUUUCAUGAAUCCUCCACCUAUUAUGAAACUGGUUGAGAUUAUCAGAGGAGCUAAUACGUCAGACGAUACAUUCAAUGCCACAAAAUGCUUGGCAGAGAGGCUCGGCAAGAAAAUUGUUUGUUCUCAGGAUUUCUCCGGCUUCAUCGUAAAUCGGAUUCUGAUGCCGAUGAUAAAUGAAGCGUUUCAUGCACUCUACACGGGAGUGGCAACAAAGGAAGACAUCGAUGCAGGAAUGAAGCUGGGAACAAACCACCCAAUGGGUCCGCUUGAGCUGGCUGAUCACAUCGGACUUGAUGUUUGCUUGUCGAUCAUGAAAGUCCUCCAUGCCGGCCUUGGUGAUAGUAAAUACGCACCUUGCCCUCUACUCGUGCAGUAUGUUGAUGCUGGUCGCCUUGGUAGAAAGAAGGGUGUUGGUGUGUACAAAUACAGCAAAAUGUGAAGAAAUGAUACCAUCAGUUGGACUUUGAAUAAAAAUAUAGCAGCAAGGAUCUUGAUGACGUCUUGUGUAAUAAUCUUACACGGCUUGAUGAUAUUGAGGUCAUGUGUUCAUCAGCUUAAACUAGUUCAGUCAUUCAGAAUCUCUGGUAAAUUCUUUCUACAGGAUAAGCUCUGUAAUCAUCUGAUGCACUAUGUUUUCCAUUGUAAUACGAACGAAAUCCUACUAAAGCAAUAGAGGUUAGUGUAGGUUACAGUGAAAGGCCAUUCACUCUGAUACUUGCCAACCUCCUACUAAAUGUGCACUUUGGACAACCCACAGAUGUCAUACUCAUACCUAUAUUGUAUUGUAUGUGAAUUUACUUUUAAAUUAUAUCUUUUAAUUUUAAUAAAAAGAA